AUGUCUCAAAGGCUCCUUCGACCCUUGCUGCGCGGCAGCAGCAGCAGCAGCAGCAGCAGCAUCGCGACCACCUCCUCAUCAGCCUCUUCGCACGUUGCAAGAUCCGCAACUCGCUGCACGAUUCAUACGAGCGCUAUCAGAAGACAGAAUGAGGGUCAUCCAGCCGCUGUUGCUGCUACUGCGCCUCAAGUAGGCUCAACGGACCUAGCGAUCGAUCUGGAUCCUUUUGUUCAGCAGCAAGUCUUUGCGGAUUCGCUGGCAUUGCAGAACAAAACGAACGGUGAGUUGAGAGCAGGGCAUGGAAGUGGUUUGGCGCGGAUAUAUCGAGGUAAUGACGCUGAUGCCUCGAUCGUCAUUGUCAGCAGCACUGGGACCAUUGGAAGAGUCACGGCACGUGCACGUCAUCAUGUCUGCCCUGCACCCAUCCACCAAGCCCUCGUCUCAGACCCUAGUGCCUCUGUCUACGCACGUCUUUGGCAGCACACCACGACGAGAUUUGCUUCACUCUGCCGUAGUGUGGUACUUGGAUGGACUGCGUCGAGGAGGAGGAAGCACAAAGACGCGAGCGGAAGUAUCGGGUAGCGGAAGAAAAUUGAGACCUCAAAAGGGGACUGGAAGAGCACGAUUGGGUGAUCGAGGAAGUCCGGUGCUUCGAGGAGGAGGCGUAGCUCACGGACCCAAACCUAGAGAUUUUUCCAGCAAGCUGAACAGAAAAGUCAGGGAGAUGGCGUUGAGGAGCGCAUUGAGCUUGAGAUGGAGAGCGGGAGAUCUGUUCGUCGUUCCCAACUUGGCAUGGGAUGCUCCGCCGCGCAUCACUGGAGAACUCAGGAGAUUGCUAGGCAGCAAACAGUGGAGCGAUGCGCUCUUCUUGACUGCGCCGCGCGAACCUCUCAGCUUGGGUUUGGCUAGAGCGCCCAAUCAAAAACCAAGCGCGGUGGAGCCGCAGUACGACGUGGCAAAGAUCGAAGCGCACCGAGAGAUCACUCGACACUUUCAACUCGCCUCUUGCAAUAUUCCCAAGGUUUCGCUGAUACGUCUACACGAAUUGGGCGAGAAGAAGAGAGCAGGUGCAAAGAAAGGAACGAGGGAAGCUAAGGAACCGGGAGAAUUGCACGCUUAUGAGAUUCUAAAGAGGAAGAGGUUGAUAUUGGACCUUGGAGCGCUGGAAUGGAUCGAAGAGUAUUUGGGAGGAAGCAUUUUUCAUGCGAAUGAUUUGGAGGAGACGCAAUUGAUGCUGCGCGAGGAGGAGGAGGAGGAUGUUCGGGCUGCGGCGAUGGGGGCUGCUGCUACUGAGGAGCUGCUGCUACACUCGGAGUCGGAUGUGGUAGAGGAAGGAGAGCAAGAGCAAAAGGAAGAGUUGGAAGAGGAAGCGGAGCGAUUCUUGAACGAAGCGGGCGUAGAUUCGUUGGGACAUGAUGCUAAUGCUGAGCUGGACAAGAAGGAGACAAAGUAA